UUUUUGCCAUUUUUACAACUUUUAUCCGCAAAUGGAGCUUUUUAACGAAAGUGAUACAUUUAAGAUGUACUUUUGCGUGAAUAGGUUAAAAACUUUUGAAGGGUGGCCAUUUGACGAAGACUGCACCUGCACACCGGAAAACAUGGCAAAGGCUGGCUUCAUUUACACGCCUGUCGACAACAGCCCAGAUGUUGCCACGUGUUUCUUCUGCCUCAAGGAGUUGGAGGGCUGGGAGCCGGACGAUGACCCACAGAAAGAGCACAAAUCGCAUUCACCCUCGUGUCACUUCUUGGCCCUGAAGAAGAAAGUAGAGGAGCUGCCUUUGAACGAGUUCUUGAAGCUCCACCAGGCGAGGCACAAGCGCCUCAUCAGCAAAAACUGUAACGAGGCCGUCGACAAGUUUGAGGUGGCUGCAAGAUUGGUGAAAUCGGAAAUUCUCAAGAUGGAAAUGGGCAAAUAAGACAUUGGGGACGGCGUGGCGCAGUGGGAGAGUGGCCGUGCACAACCCGAGGGUCCCUGGUUCAAUUCCCACCUAGUACCAACUUCGUCACGUCCGUUGUGUCCUGAGCGAGACACUUCACCCUUGCUCCUGAUGGGUGCUGGUUGGCGCCUUGCAUGGCAGCUCCCUCCAUCAGUGUGUGAAUGUGUGUGUGAAUGGGUAAAUGUGGAAGUAGUGUCAAAGCGCUUUGAGUACCUUGAAGGUAGAAAAGCGCUAUACAAGUACAACCCAUUUAUCAUU